UUUAGGGGGUUCUUAUAGGAUCAAAAAUAUGGCUUUACCUAUGAACUGUGUCCUGCAGGGUACAUCUCGUCUACCUGCAUUCUCAACGGACGGAGAGUACAUCAUUGGUGGCGUUUUUUCCAUCCACUACAAAGAACUUACAAAGAUUCAUAACUACACCACUGUACCUGAGCCGCCUACCUGCACAGGAAGUAUCAACAGUCGUGAACUGCGCUUCUGUCGUGCAAUGAUCUUUGCUAUUGAGGAGAUAAACAACAGCACAGAGCUACUGCCUGGGAUUAGACUAGGGUAUCAGAUCCACGACUCGUGUGCUUCUGUGCCUAUGUCCAUGCAUGUGGCCCUCCAGCUAUCAAAUGGACAGGACCCUGUGUUUCAAACAGGCAAUAACUGUUCUAAGUCAGGUUUGGUGAUGGGUGUUAUUGGUGAGUCUGGAUCUACACCAUCCAUCAGCAUCUCACGGAUCUUUGGUCCCUUUAACAUUCCUCUGGUGAGCCACUUUGCCACUUGUGCAUGCCUGUCAGAUAAACGAGAGUACCCGACUUUCUUUAGAACAAUUCCCAGUGACCACUAUCAAGCUAAUGCAAUGGCCAAACUGGUGAAACAUUUUGGUUGGUCGUGGAUAGGAGCUAUCCACUCAGACUCAGAUUAUGGAAGAAAUGGCAUGGCGUCUUUUCUUGAAGCAGCGCAUAGAGAAGGGAUCUGUGUAGAAUACAUUGAAUCGUUCUAUCGAACUGAUCCAUACAAAAUACGAAUUGUAGCUGAUGUUAUCCGCAGAUCAACAUCAGUAGUGGUAGUGGCAUUUACAGCUGCUGGUGAUAUGAAAUUCCUGUUAGAGGAGUUAAACCACAAUCAUCCUCCACCUCGUCAGUGGAUUGGAAGCGAGGGCUGGGUAACAGACCGUCAACUGAUGAGGUUCAGCUUCUGUGCAGGGGCUAUCGGAGUUGCUAUUCAACAAUCUGUCAUUCCUGGCUUUGGAGACUUCCUUCUGAAUCUCUCACCGUCUAAAGUAGCUGCCUCCUCAGUGCUGACUGAGUUCUGGGAGGAUGUAUUCAGCUGCAGUUGGACAAAAUCAGCCUCCUCAAAAAAGAAGCUAUGUCAGGGAACUGAAGACUUAAAGAAAAUUAAAGUCCCAUAUACUGAAAUGUCGACAUUCAGAAUUACUAAUAUGGUUUACAAGGCUGUUUAUGCCAUAGCACAUGCUAUUCACAAUGCAGUGUGUUACAAAACCAAUUUCACCAUUCACUGUAAAAAACAAACAAAGCUAGACUUGAUUCAGACUUUUACUGAACUAAAGAAAGUCAACUUUACCCGCAAUGGUUACCAUGUGUCUUUUGAUGCUAAUGGAGACCCUGUGGCUGCUUAUGACGUUGUCAACUGGCAGAUAAGUGACAGUGGGAUUAUUGAGCCGGUAAAUGUAGGGUACUAUGAUGCAUCACUGCCAAAAGGCCAGGAGUUUCAUAUUAACAGGAACUUAUCCUGGUUCGAUGGAGGCAGUCAGGUACCGGUGUCAGUUUGCUCCAAGAGUUGUGCUCCAGGGACUCGCAAAGUGUUGCAGAAAGGAAAGCCCAUCUGCUGCUAUGAUUGUAUACCAUGUGCAGAGGGAGAGAUUAGCAAUAUGACAGAUUCCCUGGAAUGCAUCCCAUGUUCCAAAGAAUUCUGGCCUAAUGCAGGAAAUGAUGAAUGUUUCCCCAAACAAGUAGAAUUUCUUUCAUUUGAUGAUUUACUGUCAGUCAUUCUGGCUGCGUUUUCAGUUAGUGGGGCCUGCAUGGCCAUUAUCACAACAGUGGUUUUCUUUCAUUACAGGACAACUCCAAUUGUCAGAGCUAACAACUCUGAACUAAGCUUCCUACUCCUCUUCUCUCUGACUCUGUGCUUCUUAUGUUCAUUAACUUUUAUUGGAGCACCUUCUGAGUGGUCCUGUGUGCUCCGGCACACAGCAUUUGGCAUCACCUUUGUUCUCUGUAUCUCCUGUGUUCUUGGGAAAACUAUAGUUGUUUUGAUGGCAUUUAAAGCUACACUUCCAGGUAAUAACACCAUGAAAUGGUUUGGUCCUCCACAGCAAAGAUUGACUGUAGCAGGCGUUACCUUUAUUCAAGUCAUAAUAUGUACAAUAUGGUUGGUUGUAAGUCCUCCCUUCCCAAUGAAAAAUCUGCACACCUACAAGGAGAAGAUCAUCCUGGAAUGUGCAUUAGGCUCUGCUGUUGGUUUCUGGGCUGUGCUUGGCUACAUCGGCUUGCUGGCAGUUUUUUGUUUUGUUUUAGCUGCUCUAGCUCGGAAACUACCUGAUAAUUUCAAUGAAGCCAAACUGAUCACCUUCAGCAUGUUAAUAUUCUGUGCAGUCUGGAUCACCUUCAUCCCAGCAUAUGUCAGCUCUCCUGGAAAAUAUACAGUGGCUGUGGAGAUAUUUGCCAUUCUGUCGUCUAGCUUUGGCCUGAUGCUGUGUAUAUUUGCUCCAAAGUGUUUCAUAAUUUUGUAUCAGCCAGAGAAGAACACAAAAAAACAUCUAAUGAACAAAUAUUGAUUGUACUUUAUUGACAACACAAUAAAUCUGAAACUGGUCUAUUCUUUGAAGUCAACUUUUAUUUUUAAACAUUAUUU